AUGGAGACAGAUCCCCUGCGAAGACCUCACCGACUACAUAGCCAUCGGCACAGAUGCUCAGCAAAGACCAUGAGAACCAAACCAGUCCUCUGCACAGACCCUGUGGCCAGCUUCGACUACUUCACCAUGAAUCUUGCUCUUGGAGGCAAAGCUGUUCAGUCUUCCACAUACAUUUAUCCAACAUUAGCAGCUGCUCAAAAUGCUGUCGAUGGCAACAGGCAGUCGAUUUCCAUGCUCGGCUCAUGCAACGUGACUAACGGGGACAUGAACCCCUGGUGGAGAGUUGACUUGUUGGACGUCUACAGGGUAACCAGGGUUAGCAUCACUAAUCGUGGAGACUGUUGUGAAAAGAGGAUCGAGGGUAUUCAGAUCCGUAUCGGCAACAGCCUGGAGAAUAACGGCAACAAUAAUGAGCUGGCUGCAACUGUUGGACCCAUCCCACUUGGAAACACUAAAACAUUUGAGUUUAAGCCUAUUAAGGGGCGAUACGUCAACCUUUUUCUGCCUGGACGCAAUGAAUUCCUCACACUGUGA